GACGAACCACAUUGGCCAGACUAUACGGGCCGCUGUCCCCUGAAAGCUGAGAGAGGGUACGCCGCGUACCAAUUUAAACAGCCCAAGACAUUUUACUAUCCAGAUAGUAAACAAGAAGCGGAACGUAAGAGUGGCGUUACCACUGAACAAGCGCAACGUCAGCUCGAAUAUGGCGGCAAGCCAAAGGACUUUUACUACAAGGUCCUAGGCGUCGGCAAGUACGCUACCAGCAAGGAAAUACGCAACGCCUACUUGAUGCUAGCCAAGCGCUAUCAUCCCGACAAAAUGGGCUCGGGGAGGUCCCUGAAACACUUUCAGGAGAUCUCCAAUGCCUAUCAUAUUCUGACAGAUGAAAACAAAAGGCUGGAGUACGAUCAACUGGGGGGUGUCAAGGACGAGAAGGCGUUCCUCGAGCAAGCAACUGUGAAUCCGACUAUCUUGGGGCAAAAGCUGGACGAGGCUAAGAAACUUCAGGCGGAGACAGACGCAAACGAUGAAAUCAAUAAUCUGAAGCAGCUGAAUGGCAAGAGCUUUGAAUUGAGUCUUAGCUUCGAAGAAGCCGCCAAUGGGUGCAAGAAGCGCGUGGACAUACGCUACCUGCGGAAGUGUGGCAAGUGCGGCGGCAAGUCGCAGUUGAUGACGCAUCGUGAUGUCGGGAAGGAGCCAUGCCGACGCUGCAAUGGCGCAGGCAAGGUGACCAAGCGGACGGUGACCUUUACGGCCGAAAAGACAUGUGAACACUGUAAAGGAAAGGGAUUCAUCAACCGCCGCGACUGCGAGCCGUGUGGCAACCGCGGUUUCAUAGCAUCCGGUGUCGAGGUGCUGGUUAAGGUACCGCCUGGAUCUAAGGACGGCGAUGUUAUCACCAUCACCAUGCUUUUAUAAAGCAAAAAUUGGGUCCAAGUUGUGCGAAUUACGGCAGCAUGCUAUCGCUAAAAAACAUAUUGCGUCCAAUGCAAUCAUGAACUAAAUACCUUUUAUUAAAAAGUCCUCAAAAACCAGAGGAGCACGAGACUGCGAUUUGUUGUGAAGUGGAAAAAUGCAUGUCAUUACUUAAAAACUAAAUAUAAAUAAAAAAAAGUAUAUCGUCAAAAUUAAAGUA